UGCACGUUGUUUUUACGCCGAUUUGUUUACAAACAAAAAAUUGGCAUUUUUCAUCAAAAUAAAUUAAAAUCUAUUGAAUCAGGGAGGGAAAUUUUGUGAAAAAUUGAGUAUUUGAGAUGGAAGUGAGCUAAAUACAAUGGAUCAUUUACUAUUUAAUGAAAACUCAAUAGUUUCUGCAAACACGUCCGGAACUACCGUCCAGGAGGCGGAGGAGCAUGAGGAGAGUAAGCGAAUGAAUGAUCGAACCCUGUGGUCUCAGGCAGAGUACAAAGGAUUCGAUGGUAAUGCUGGGAGAAACUAUGUAUACCCAAAGAAUACGGACAAGCACCAAUAUCGGGAGUAUCAGUAUAAAAUAUGUAAGGAAGCAUUCUUUCAAAAUACCCUUGUUGUACUGCCGGAUGGACUGGGGAAAUCAUUUAUUGCCUCGGUCGUAAUGUACAACAUUUAUCGUUGGUAUCCAAUGAGCAAGGUAAUUUUCCUGAGCGCCAAUAAAUCCAUUCUGAGGGCUCAAAUGGAAGCGUGUUCAAAUAUAAUGAACAUCCCCAAGGGAGAUUGCGUGGAAAUCACAGGCAAAAAUUCAACUGCAAGAGCCAAUAUGUGGAGGAAACAUCGAAUUCUCUUUGGUACACCUCGACAGAUAUUGUUGGACUUUCAGGAUAUCCCCAGCAUUCCUUUUGGGCGCAUUAAACUCCUGGUGGUGACAGAGGCGCACAAAGCACGUGGAGCUAAUGAUCCAUUUGCCCCAAUAAUUGCAAUUUUGCAAAAUCACACUGAACACUUUCGCAUAUUGGCCUUAACAUCUGUUCUUGGCAAAAAACUCACGGAAACUGCAGAUAUUGUGAGGAAUUUGCGAAUAUCGCAUAUCGAGAUACGACAAGAAAAUUCCCCAGAUGUGGCUGCAUUUGUGAAUAAGAGCACCGUCAGGCCACUCGAGGUGAAGCUGACUGAACAAUUUCGGAUGAUUAGAAAAGAUUUCUUCUACGCCAUUGAUCCGUAUUUGAAGAUACUCCUCUUCAGGGGGGUUGUAUCUGGGAAUUUUUGCAAGGCAAAACUCAUUGCGUCAAAAAGGAAAUUCACCGAAGCAUCCUUGACGGAGAAACCCACGGAUUAUCAUGAAUUACUUCGGGUGUUUGAUAUCAGUAUUGAUUUCUUCGUUGCCAGUGAUUAUCUAAAUGAUUACGGUGUACUCAGCUUCCUGAAAUACAUGGAAAAUGACUUCCUCAGGGAGGCUAUUGCAAAAGAUAAAGAUAACAACUCCAGAUUGCUUGAGUACUUGCAAAGCACAAGGAGCACCUUCGCCAGAGUACUGGCAAUUGGUGAUGAAGACAGCUAUGAAGUUGAUGAGGAAUUGCAUGAAAAUAUCAUUGUUGGACAUCCCAAAAUUGGAGAGAUGGAAAAAGUUUUGAAUGAACAUUUUCAGAAAAAUUCAGAGUCACGCCUUGUGAUAUUUAGCAAUUGUCCAACGACAUCAUCGUUGAUCUAUCACUGUCUCCAGCACAAGUGUCCCCAAUUGCGAAGCUUAAUAAUGAUUCGGCCACAGGGGAUGAGUGAGAGCGAAAGAAAUUGCACAAGAUUGAAACUCAACCGCGGUACCAUAAACACCCUCAUUGUAUCAAACAUCCCCGACGAAGUUAUUAUGAAUGAAGUGAAUUUCAUAAUUUGCUACGACACAACUGGGCGGCAUUUGAAGCAAUUCAUAAGGAGUCGCGUUGCGUCGUGUAGUGGGAAAAAAUGUGAACUUCUCGUGGUUGUGCACGAAGGGCAAGAUAUGGCGACACAGAGUGAAUUGUGGCGCGAGAAAUUUGAGCACAAUGAGGAUAUCAAUCGAAGUCCCGCAAUUCUCGGGGCUUUGUUUGAUCAGUCACCGAGAUUAGUACCUGUUGAAUUUAAUCCGGUGAAUUUAACACCCAUUGUGAGUGGGCGGGUUGCAAAAACAAAGCGCCCCGAUCGCAGUAUUGAUGAUUACUUCAAAAAUGUGCCAACACAGAGGUGUUUACCAUUGAACACCCAGCAGAGUGACAAUGUGCUUAGAGAUGAGAUUGUUGUUCCACUGCCACCACCACCACCCACCCCCAUACCAUCAGCCACAGGCGAGAAUUCACUAGUUGCUCCUCUUCGAACGCUACCGCUGCAAAUUAUCUGCGAAAGGGUGGCAGUGGUGGAGGAAAAGAAAUUUUCAAAUUUAGCAUACGAUGGAAAUCUCGAAAGUAUCCUGCGGCAAAGUGCUCUGGUAUCGCACACUCAAGAUUUUCUCAUGGACCUCCUGAACCGCACUAGAAUGACUAAAACAGAUUUUGGCGUGAAGUAUGGGAGAUUCCAUAAAUUCUUGGUGGGAAAUUCCACGAGCAAUGGAAAGCGUGUUGAUUAUUUCACAUCAAUAGUGGGGAAUGUGAUGAAAAAACUCAAUGGCACAGUGGAUGAUGUGAAGGGGGACGAGAUGAGCCAGUAUGAGGAGACAUUGCACGAUAUUCCAGAUCUCAACACGGGCUUCAUUGACCCAGAAAGGAAGGCGUCUGCGAAUGAUGGUGACCCGACGCGAGAAUCAAUUUGUGGUGAGACUACUUUGUCAUUUUUCCUAAUAUCCUCGUUUAGUGAAUUGUUUGAAAGGGAUGCGAGUGGGAGUGACGACGUGUUCGAAAUGAGAAUAUGCGAUAAGAAAUUCAACGUUGACAAUGAAGCGGUGUCAGAUGGCGAGGAAGAGGUAAUACCGAGUUCUCAGGAAAAUAUACGUGUGGGUCGACGUAGGGCGGCGGCGGCGGCAAUGGCAACAAGGUGCCGGCUGUUGACAUCUAAGAAAGAUACAAGCACACAUAUUGAUGGUCAUGUUAGCACUGUGGAAGAUACCGAGCGCAAAGCCAGAUUACAAAUUCACCCAAUUCCAUCCAGCGACAGUGACGAUAAAUUCGAUUUGGGCUCCAUUGACAGUAUAUUCAACAGCGAUGGGAUUAUUUUUGAACAUUUUAUGACGGAAAAGGGAACCGCAACACCUCCCAGAAUUCCAUCUCCGCAUAUUGAGCAGCACUCCAGCGGGGAAUUCGGUUCACCAUCAAUGCUGGGUAGGAGGAGGCGGGAGAAUUCUGCGCGAUUGAAACACUCCAAUAACAAUGCAAGUGAUUCCACUAAGGAGAUGAAUUCCGCAUAUAUCCCCCAUGCUGCUACUGCUGCUGAUGCUGGGACAUCGAGGCAGAGUAGCGAUGAAUUUUUCGUCACAUGCCACGAUUCGAGUGAUACGCAGCUGGAUGGGGUGUACGGUACUUGCCGUGAUCAAAAUUCAAAAGACGUAGUGCAGAAAUCAAAAGGAUCUCGUGCUCAGAGACGCCUCCAGAGUGUGAAUGAAUACAUCUAUUUUGAAGCAUCUGCCAGCGAUGACGAUGACAAUGCAGAUGCUGAAGGUACCAAUCGCCUGUUGGAUUCCAUUGUGGUGGAGUCGGAUAGUGAGGAUGAGCAAAUAGAGCAGCUGAACAAAGUAAAUGAUAUCCAGGCCAAGUACCUCCAGUCAGUGCGGAGUCCACCCACAGUUCGCCGUGGUGCCUUCUACAUACCCCACCCGGAGAAGUACCGAAAUGUCGUGGAUGUCUUCUCUCAGACCCAACUUCCGGAUGCUUCGGAGUACGUAAAUGACACCUUUGUUGUGGAUGAUGUGGAUGAAUCUGACAGUGAUUUGUCGCUACUGGAACAAGCGGAAGCCAUCCUAAAGACGCGACGUCGGAAGAGGCAAAAGAUGGAUCGGGGUGGUGGGGAAAGGGCAAAAAGACAACGAAUUCGUGUAAUUGACGAUAGUUCGGAUGAUGAUGACGACGACAACCUGCAUGGGGUGGGACCAUUGGAGUGAUGAGAUGAGUCCAAAAUAAGUAGCAAAAGUUUUCGUGGGCAACACACACACAGUAUCCGAAGGAAUGCUCUAAUUCCCCAGGAUUGAUGCGCGCCGUCAAUAAGACACGAAGCAUGUGGAAGGAAGAAUAAAAAAAGCAAUUUACUUAAUUUUUUCCCCAAUAUUAAAUCCACACUCUCGAUGUACUUUAUCAAAUUGUCAUGAAAAAUGUUAGGCAUGCAGACGAUGGAAAAAACAUUGGGGAAAUUUGUUAAUGUACUCCUGAUCAUUUGCUGAAGAAGGAAAAUUGCGCAAUAAAUGAGUGAAAAUUAGGGGAAUUUUCUAAUUGAAUUUAUUGACAAACUACAUUGUAAUUCAAUUAGGAGUUUUUUGUGAAAAAUUUGAGGGUGUCUUGAAAAAUUAUUUUUCAAAACUUUCAAUUUAUAUGGCAAAGAAAUUGCAAAAUAUAUAGGGAUCGAUAAAUUCCUCAUAAUUUCUCAUGAAGUUAUAUAAUUUUUUAUUAGCUAAAUAUAAAUUUCCUUUCAUUCCAAUAAAUAUGAAAUUUUAAUGCAGUUUGAAAGCUUUUUUCUUUUAAUUUUAAUUGUCCAUCAUUUUUGCAAUUUUGAUUGAAAUUUAUGAUGGAUGAUUAAUGAGCGAUAGAAAUUGCGCUAAAUUUUCCAUUAUUUUUCCUUCAAAGUGCAAUUUGAGCGGAAUAAAAUUUUACUACAGAUAAAAUGAAGAGAUUUUUGUCAGAACUUUCGCAUAAUUGCAAAGAAAGUUCCUCCAUGGUGAAUAAAAUGAUUUAUUUGAUUCAUGUGCAAAAUUUUCAAAUUCAAAUCUCAACAGGGAAACUAAUAAUUUGUCAUUAUAGCGAUAAUAUAUAGUUUGAGUAACUUUGAAAAUAAAUCUACAUACAAAUAUCACAUAUAUUGAAUUACAUAUCUGUUUUAUGUAAGGAAAAUUGCGAUAUUUUGUCUCUUGAAUAUCGUUAAUCUUGUUCUCUUAUCGAAAUGUGAAUUUCAAAUUGCUCAAAAUCAAGCAUUGUACUACCUGUAUUCGCGGUACAUCUGGAAUUAUCGCAUUCUCUACUAUAUUUAUUAUUGUCCUCUUCUCUAGUGAAACCCAAAAGAUAUAGUAUGAAGGUAAAUUUUGAGAAAUCCUUUUGCAAUGUAUGUUAGGAGUGUUGGAUGGGUGUUUGCUUAAAUUUCAUGAAAAGUUUGCACCCUCACGCUCUCUUAAGGGUAGCAAACGGAAGGAGAUAAGCGUCUGGGAUUUUAGGUGAUGGAUUACCUUCUGAAAUCACGACUCCAGCAUGCAUAGAUGACGGGAUUCAUGCUGGAAUUGAUCCAGCCGAGCCAUGUAACGACAGCCGAUACGAUCUCCUCGUGUGCUAUACAGUGUAUACAGAAGCCUGAGAGGAGAUUGACAACGAAGAAGGGUAGCCAGCACACAAUGAAGACACCCAUUACGAUGCCCAGUGUUUUAGCGGCCUUUUUCUCCUUUGCAAAUUUUGCCAACUUGCGCGAAAGUGAAAAAUUCUUGCCCAUCUGCCGAUGGCGGGCGAUGCCAUUAUUGUGGAGGGCUGAUAGUGGUUCAUCCUCGGGGUCCUCGGGUGUGGAUGUGGCUGUGGAGGCGGCGUGCAUAUUGAGGCCCUCGCGUGUUGUACCGCCUCGAUGGAUCCGGAGUGUGAGCUGUAGCUUCCCGGAGGCCAUUAGCACCUGUUUUGUACCGAGCUUGAGAGAGCGCGUUUGCACCACAGCAGCACGAUAGAUGCGGCAAUAGGUGAAAACCAUCACAAGUAGGGGCAGGUAGAAUGAGAUUGUAGAUGAGAAGACGAGGUAGCCGAGGUGUUCAGUGAAGGUACACUUAUAGGGGGGCAUGUCACCCUCACGGGCGGCACGCCACCACAGGAUAGCUGGGAAGCUGAUUGCGCACGAACAGACCCACACAACGGCAAUGAGGGCAGCAGCACGGCGGCGACUCAUUCGCAUGGGGUACGUGAAGGGGUCUGUUAUAGCCCAGUACCGGUCUAGGCUGAUGACGCACAAAUUGAGGAUGGAGGCUGUGCUGAACAGGACAUCGAGCGAUCGCCAAAUGUCACACCAGUCUGUACCGAAGAACCAUGUGUUCUCCAGAACUUCGUACAGUGCUGAAAAGGGCAUCACCACCAGACCCACGAGGCAGUCUGCCACAGCUAAACUGGUAACGAAGUAAUUUGUUGCUGUGUGAAGGUAGCGUUCCCGCACCACAGCCAGGAUCACAAGAGUAUUGCCGAACACUGUGGUAACGGAAAAGAGUAGCAGGAAGACGAGGAGGCCGAGGCUGUCAUUGGACAGGGCAUCCAUGUAUGCAACAAAGUUGGGCUGCGUGACGCAGCAGUCGUUGGCGGUGGUGAGUGCCGUGAGGAAAAUGUAUUCGUCAUUUUCACUGCUCGCAUUCGCUGAUCCAUUUUCAAUUGUGAUUACUGAAAACUCCCAUAAAUAAUCCGUACUUACGUUAUUCAUUAUUACACCCCCGCGUCCACCCUUUUUACCAUUUAACUGUACUUGUACCAUAUGAAUUUCUACCCAUGUUCCAUCCUCUCUUCAUUCGGAGGCUUUUGUACAAUGCGCCACCCUGUUUUUUUUUUAUUAUUAUGUAUUUUUUUCUGCAGCUUUCAGCGCCUUUUGCUUCUUUUUUUUCUUCUCUCCUUCUUCUCGCAAAUACUCCUUUUGCCCUUUUCGCGCGCUCUCUGUCACAACCCACACCACCCACGCCACCCUCUUCUUUUUUUCUAAUACUCUGUUAUUUAUUUUCUUCAAUGCAAUGUAUGUAAUAUAUAUAAAUAUAUAUAAUUUUCCUACGUUCUCCUCGUCGUGUAUGACUGGUAGAGUCAAGUUGAAAAAUUAUUCAGCUUUCAACCAUUGCUUUCGUAUAUAAUUUUGCUCUUGUUUUUGUUGCUUAAUCAUGGAAAAAUCUUCUAUCUGCUGUAGCAUUUUUGCUGUUCAUUUCCACACACACACCCCCAACCCGCGACUUUUUUUUUGUUGUCCGUUGUAUAUCUCACCCCACCCCCUCAACUAUGGCAAUUUAUACAAUGAAAGAUAAUGCGCAAAACACAUAUGUAAGUUAAUAUUGCUCUAUUCUUAUUGUUAUUUAUAACAAAAGAGGCUUGCUCUCUCUCUUUCUUAGCUUAUUGACUUGCAAACAUUUUCAAAAAAUGUGUUAUUUGCUAAUUGUUUUUCUUUUUUUUCUUCUUAAAGUUUCAGUCUUCCUCGUUCUUUUUUGUGUGUGAGUGUUUUUUUUUCGUAAUUUCAGUACGGCUUAUACAAAUUUAUAUUUAGUUAUAUAGGAAAUAUAUUUGAUGAGUUAACUAAAAUCCGUUUCCUCAAUGAUCCUUGAUUGCUGAUUGUUGUUGUGGCUUCUGCAAGAGAGAAAGUUUCAGAAGAGAGAAUAUUAGAGAUUUAAUCAAAGAGCAUUGAUCGUAUUAAAGCGAUAACCAAGUUGGUAAAGCUAACAGAAAAAAACUUAAAAGGUUCUAACAAAAUUUAGAUAUCCUGUGAGGGAAAUUAGGUACAAAAAAGUUGUUUUGUUACAAAUUCAACAGAAUUCUGCCCUGACUGGCUUGAGUUGAGAGAUAAACCUAUCCUUUUGUCGAACUUAAGUAAUCCAUCACUCUGAGCUUCAGGGGUAGUUAGUUUGCUAAAUUAAAUUAGAAUCAAUUUACUCAGGAUUACCACACAAGGAUAAGACUUUGAAAUGUAUUUAUCUAAAAUAGAAUUUUGAGAUAUGUAAUGUGAGAAAUAUCUAAGUGUUUCACAAACUGUGAGCAUAAAACUAAUUUAUUUUAUGCUCUGUCUGUAACAAAUGGCCCUUAUGAUGUUCCACGAAAUUAAAUCACGACUUCUUUCCUAUUGAGGUUGGAAUUUUAAAGAGGCACCAUGUGCUACAAAAAAAAUAAUUCAUUGCACCAAUUGCACUUCGCAUUCAGUAAAAACAGUUCAAAUUUAAUUUGAAUAAAUUCCAUCUGAAAAUGUUUUCGCCAUUUGAAUCAAAAUCACAGGUUUUAGCUUUAAAUUAUUUGAGUUUGUAAUAUUAUAAUUUAUAUACCAAAAAUAUGUACAUUACUCAAUGCAAAUAAUUCAUAAACCUAAGUAAAUUAAUAUUGUAAACAUAUUAUAAAUAUUUCAUAUAAUGUUCCAUGUAAAUUCAUAUAAUAAUCUCUCGAAUAUGAAGAGCUAAAUGGAGUAUUUUUCCUCUAUUUAUACGAAUUUUUAAUAAAAUUCCACAUGAAGCGAUUUACCUAAAUUUUUCGCAACAACCACCGAAUGCCAUUAUCUAUUUAUAAUGAACACUUUCGUAUUGAUUUUCUAUUUUAGAGCGUACUUUUUUGGGUGGUUUUUUUUUUAAAUUCUCAUGAA